AUGUUUAGAAAGGGCAUUUUUGAUAGCGAUGGGGAGAAACUGCUGCUCGGUGCAAUGUGUGAGAGCACAGAGGAGUAUGAUUAUGAUUACCUCAGCAUCAACAAAACCUGGGUCCUCACCCCCAAGGCACAGGAGACAGAUGCCACGCAGAUCCUCAACUCGCUGCUGAAGAACUAUGACAACAAGUUGAGGCCUGAUAUUGGCAUCAAGCCCACGUUUAUCGAUGUGGAUAUCUAUGUGAACAGCAUUGGACCUGUGUCUGUCAUCCAAAUGGAAUACACCAUUGAUAUCUUCUUUGCUCAGACAUGGUACGACCGGCGUCUUCGUUUCAACAGCACCUUGAAGGCCCUCACACUGAACACUAACAUGGUGAGCCGCAUCUGGAUCCCAGAUACCUUUUUUAGGAACUCCAAGAGGGCUGAUUCUCACUGGAUAACCACCCCAAAUCAGCUCCUCCGCAUUUGGAAUGAUGGAAAAGUGCUCUACACACUCAGGCUGACGAUCGAGGCUGAAUGUCUGCUCCAGCUGCAGAAUUUCCCAAUGGACACUCACUCCUGCCCUUUGGUUUUUUCUAGUUAUGGCUACCCACGUGAGGAGAUUGUCUAUCGAUGGAGACGCUAUUCCAUUGAGGUCUCCGACCAGCGCACCUGGAGGCUCUACCAAUUUGACUUCACGGGGCUGAGGAACACCUCGGAAGUUCUCAGGACUGGAGCAGGGGAGUACAUGGUGAUGACAGUUUCUUUUGACUUAAGUAGGCGGAUGGGUUAUUUUGCCAUUCAGACCUACAUUCCCUGCAUCCUGACUGUUGUUCUCUCCUGGGUUUCCUUCUGGAUCAAGAGGGACUCUACACCGGCCAGGACGUCUCUGGGCAUCACCACUGUGCUAACAAUGACCACACUGAGUACCAUCUCCCGCAAGCACCUUCCCCGUGUUUCCUACAUCACAGCCAUGGACCUCUUUGUGUCUGUGUGCUUCAUCUUCGUCUUCGCAGCCCUCAUGGAGUAUGCUACACUCAACUACCUGGUGGGAAACAAGAAGCCACUGGAGCACAACAGCAGGAAAGCCAGACUGCCACCUGCUGGCGCACAGGUGAUGCCAUCCUUUACUGCUAUCAACAUCAACAUCAACAACAUCAUGCACUGGCCUCCAGAGAUAGAGGAGGAUGACGAUGAUGACCCUGGCUCUCCAUGCCUGGAAGGAAAGGAAUGUGAGAGGUUCUUCUGCUGCAUUGAGGACUGUCAGACAGGGAUGUGGCGGGAGGGCAGGGUCCGCAUUCAUAUCUCCCGCCUGGACUCCUACUCCCGUGUCUUCUUCCCCACUGCCUUCCUGCUCUUCAAUAUCGUCUACUGGAUUGCCUAUCUCUAUCUCUAGCCAUUCUUCCUCAGCUGGAAUGGACUGGAGGCCAAAAAGAUGAACUCUUCAAGGAGCAUAGAGAGAACAGUGUCUCUUCUGUUUAGUUGAUUGUCGCUCUGAACAUUCCAACCUUCUUCCAACUCUCUCAUCUCUUCUAAGAAGAACCAGACAACUUUUUUUUCUUUUUUUUUUUUUUAACUUUUUUUUUUUUUUUUAAACCUCCAAACCUAUCUUUUUAGAGAACCUUCCCUUCCCCAAAACCCUUUCUCCAGUACCACCAGCAUUUGGCUCCUUGUAAGAUUGCCCCAAAAUUCCUAUUCCCAUCUAAAACAUUAGGGAUUUUGUCAAGAACAAAAACCUUAAUGCUUCAUUUUUCCAUGCAUACCUACCCCAAAAUUCCAUGAGAAGUGAUUGCAAAUGGAGUAUUCUGUGUAGUUACUACAUCUGCAAAGAAAAUAAAAUGUACUUUACAACUUCUGUACCACCUACACCCGAAUAGACUUUGUGGAGUGCUGAGGGCUUGGAGAGGUCACAAAGAAAGAAUGGUGAAAGAAGGUGAUAGUACAGGUUUCCCAAAGUAGCUGUACGUGAUUGGAAUGUUUUGAACCUGCCUAAAAACUGAGAGUGGCACAGACAAGGAUGGAGUAGCCACAAGCCUCCACCAGCUCCUUGUAGCAUAUCUGUGGAGCAUUCCUAAUGCAUCACUUCACUUGUUGUAUCAAGUGGCAUCGAAGGCACUCACCCAGGGAGGCAUUUUUCUUUAGGUGGUGGUGAAAAGCGCCUCACAAGUUUUAGAAGGCCCAUCUGCUUUACUGGAGCAGGCUUUUCAGUGCUUGUGUUGACACUCAAUUUACGAUCAAUACUUUGAGCAGUAAACACAGCUUAUAUUGAGCAUAGCCAAAACAGGUAGAAAAGUCCUUGUGCUGUGAAGACUAGAAGCAGUCCCAUGAAUCCA